ACGCACAACACAAGGAGAAACUUGGUGUCCAGGGGAGGCCCCCGGCGACUGGAGCGCGGCGGAGGCAGGCGCGGAGGCCGGAGGGAGAGGAGGCGAGGGGCGACCGGACGCGGGGAGGGAGCAAGGCGAGCGGUCAUGUGCCCGUGCCCCCUGCACCGCGGCCGCGGCCCCCCGGCCGUGUGCGCCUGCAGUGCCGGCCGCCUGGGUCUGCGCUCGUCCGCCGCGCAGCUCACGGCAGCCCGGCUCAAGGCGCUCGGCGACGAGCUGCACCAGCGCACCAUGUGGCGGCGCCGCGCGCGGAGCCGGAGGGCGCCGGCGCCCGGCGCGCUCCCUACCUACUGGCCCUGGCUGUGCGCGGCCGCGCAGGUGGCGGCGCUGGCGGCCUGGCUGCUCGGCAGGCGGAACUUGUAGGAACGCGGGGCUUCUUGGUGGGGCCGGAGCCGAGACCCAGCCGGAGCGAGCAACAGGUUGGUGAAAACCCUGUGUCCUGGAGAAAGCUGGUUCCUGUUUUCCCAAGGGGGAGCCCAGAGCUUGAAAGGCCACAGUUGGCACUUCGAGAAGGAAGUGGAGAAUAAACACAGCGCCUGGAGCAAUAGUAGCAAUGAGGAACGGGACUGGAGAAGCCCUCUGGAUGUCCAGCUGCAGACACAAGACACCCCAACACUAUUUACAUACAGCUCUCUAUAUAUAAAAAAAAGAAAAUAUGAAUAUUACUAUUCAGUGCAUGCCUUGUCGAGGACGUGGUCCCCUCCCUUUUCUGCACCUUCCGAUGUGAACUCUGAUGCUCUUUCAUGUCUGGGGGCACUGGAAGAAAGAUGCUUACUGUGUACCUAGAAAAUUUGCAAAGACUGGUGGGAGUUAGCCUCAGAGGCGACCAACUGCCUGGGAAGGGAUGCUGGUGGAGGAAGAGGUGAAAUGGCAAAAGGCAAAAUAGGAAAAAAAAAAAAAGUGAGGAGGACCUGGGGCCAAUGUCGUAGCGGCAGAGCCCAGGGACACCUCCAUUUCUGUCUUCACAAAUCCUAGCCUCUCUCUGUCUACCUAGAUAGAUGGCUAGUCCCGCUGUUACAUCAAGACAAAAGGCAUUUCUUUUCCCCGACCAAUCUGGUGUCUCUGGUGCUUCACUUAAAUCUUGCUGGUGCUAAGCGUGUUCUUGCUGGUGCUGCCAUGGUGUUCUGUUGCCAGACCCGCAAGGCCAGGGAAUGAGAGAGAUGUCUAUUUUGCUGUUUCGGAUUCUUUUUUAAAAGGGAUCAGUCACAAAAGUGCCACUUGAGAGUCUUUUCUCUUUCUUUGCGUGGGGAUGAAUAUCCAGAGGUGUUUUGGAGCAAACCUUGGGGUCUGGGAGGGAGGAGGUGGACGCUGAUGGCACUGAGUGGCUUGCUGGUCACGAGGUAGAAAGCUGACCUCACAUGCGGCUUGUUUGCUGUCUCUGCCACCCCCACAAAAAGUAUCCUGGGAGUUCAGUCCACAGCCUCCCCCACACCCCAAGGGCAUUUCAGGGCUUAGGUUUUAUGGAUUAAAGAGCCAAGAAACAGCUAAGUUCUGGUCAAGGGUGAUUUAUAAGCCAGGGACGUUGGGGGAGGGAGCGGGGUCAUUUAAAUGAAAUGCACCAGCAUCUCACUGACUGAAGGUCUGAUGUGUUUUUUUUUUCUCCAGGAUAAGCUACUAUUUUCAGAAGUUUCUAGAAGGGCUAAAAAAAAAGAAAAAAGAUGUGUGCUGGACUGAGACUUGGCUGCAAAGACUCUUCAGGGAGCAAUGAUUAUUUUUUGCUUUCAUUAAAAAAAAAAAAAUCCAACAACAACAGGUAUUAUUCCUCUGUGCAGGGUACACCCUACGGUUUUUAAAGCUGAGGUGGUGAGGCACCAGACUGUAGGUCCAGACAGUCAUUCUACAAGGCUGGGUUUGCAGGUCACCACCCAGUACCCGUGGACAGCGGGUGUCCUGGACUGUUCUGCAGACACCCUUCCAAGAAGCCAGCAGAGGGAUCAUCUGUUUUAAGGGCUGAAACCACAGUUCUUUCCCAUGGGCUUUGCUGAGAAUUACCAGGUCCUUUAGAAUGCAGGAGCUUUCAGUGCUGCUGCAAGCUGGGAGCUGUCUCUUUCUUUGAAAAAUAAGUAAGCCCAUGCCUUAUGUUUUUCUAAAUAGCCCUUUAAAGAAAUGUGCAACCCAGAACUGUUGAAGGUGAGGGCAGCUUCCCCUCUCCUCCCGGACAGCUUGGAACUCAGCAGAGCCAAAAGGAAAGCUUGUUUAUAGACGAUUUGUUUCCCUCAUGGCUGGAGCCCUUCCUGCAGUUAUGUUUACAGGGGAUGGGUGUGUAGACACGGUCGUCAGAGAGCGGCAGGUGACAUCCCCACCAAGCCGUGAACUCAGAGAAGGCAAGUUCACUAGAAUGAAAUGAAAUACAGCCUCUGCUUUGUCAGUCACUUUCCUAGGCAGACGCUAGACUUUCCAGCUGACCCUUUUCUGGGGAGGGGUUUUCAUCACCGUAGUUGUUCUUGAUCACAGCUCUCUGCUGCUUUAAGGCUGCACCUUCAAGACCACAGUGGGGAUGUGCUGACCACCUGGACACAGGUUAAACGUCAGAGAAUCCCCUUUUUCGACCCUGACUAGCUUAUGACAUUUCCACUGGAGGAUACACACUCCAAGUGCUGGGGUUUGGGGCAAUUUUCAUUUCAAUGAAGUCACACUGCUGAGAAAACUGGGCACCCAGGACCCUCCUGAUGGAGCUUUACAGCCAAGUCCCUUGUAUAUAUUCUCUUGUAUUAUUAGAAACUGUGUAUUUAUCUAACCCUGGCUUUUUCUUGCACAUCAUUAAUUUGAGUGCAUUUCUCCACUGCCCCGAUUUUUGACAAGGGGUUGU